AUGAUGGAUGAGCCGUGGUGGGAAGGGCGUGUCGCCUCGGACGUCCACUGCACCCUGCGCGAGAAGGAGCUGAAGCUGCCCACCUUCCGAGCCCACUCCCCACUCCUGAAGAGCCGCCGGUUCUUCGUUGACAUCUUAACCCUGCUGAGCAGCCACUGCCAGCUCUGCCCCGCCGCCCGGCACCUGGCCGUCUACCUGCUGGACCACUUCCUGGAUCGCUAUAACAUCACCACCUCCAAGCAGCUCUACGCUGUGGCAGUCUCCUGCCUUCUGCUCGCAAGUAAGUUCGAGGAUAGGGAAGACCACGUCCCCAAGCUGGAACAGAUAAACAGCACGAGGAUCCUGAGCAGCCAGAACGUCUCCCUUACCCAGAAGGAGCUGUUGAGCACAGAGCUGCUGCUGCUGGAGGCCUUCGGCUGGAACCUCUGCCUGCCCACACCCGCCCACUUCCUCGACUACUACCUCCUGGCCUCCGUCAGCCAGAAGGACCACCACCGCCACCGCUGGCCCACCACCUGCCCCCGCAAGACCAAAGAGUGCCUCAAGGAGUACGCCCACUACUUCCUAGAGGUCACCCUGCAAGAUCAUAUUUUCUACAAAUUCCAGCCUUCUGUGGUGGCCGCAGCCUGCGUUGGGGCCUCUAGGAUUUGCCUUCAGCUUUCUCCCUACUGGACCAGAGACCUGCAGAGGAUCUCAAACUACUCCCUGGAACAUCUCAGCACAUGCAUCGAAAUCCUGCUGGUAGCUUAUGACAACAUCCUCAAGGAUGCCGUCGCGGUCAAGAGCCAGGCCCUGGCGAUGGUGCCCGGCACACCCCAAGCUCCCCCCCAGGUGCUGUGCCAGCCACCUGCCUAUCCCGGCCUCGGCCAGCCGACAGCGAUGGCCCUGGCCCAGUUCCAGACCCCCGUGCAGGACCUGUGCGUGGCCUAUCGGGACUCGCUGCAGGCCCACCACUCGGGGACCCUGCUCUCAGGGGGCAGUGGCUCAUCCCUCCAUACCCUGUACCCCACCCUCCAGCCCCUGGACAUGUGUCCCGUGCCACUGCCCACGUCCCUCAGCAUGCACAUGGCCAUUGCAGCUGAGCCCAGACACUGCCUCGCCGCCACCUACGGGAGCAGCUACUUCAGCGGGAGCCACGCGUUCCCUGCGGGCUGUUUCGACAGAUAG